GGGAAGAAGGAGAGAGAGAGAAGGAGAGAGAGAGAACACAAGAAGUUUUUGGACUAGCUGUACUUGUAGCCAACCUGCCAACAUAUUUUCUCCGACUCAGUAGGUACGUACCAAUUCCAUAUUUGGGAUGCAAGCAUUUUACUAAUUGGUGUAAUGUAGUGGCUGUAAAAGUGUGAGUUAUGAGAUGGUGAUCCUCUGGUUCAAAUCUCCAUACUGUCAUGGACUCGCCUGGGGGCCUUAUACAAGCCAAAGCAACAAAGAGUAUUGUGGCGCCUAAAAAAAUCCCAACAAACGUAAGCUGUUGUGGGUUUUAAGUCAGCCAUAGCCUCCUAGACACCCAAUCCUUGUAACGCAGGGACCAUAAUGUUGUUGUACCACAAGGUGUUAUUGCAAUGAUAGAGAUAAUGCAUAGCAAGUACUUUGGGAACUUAGGGCAUAAUUGGUACAUAGUACAUUAUUAUUAUUGUUGUUGUUGUUAUUAAUUAUUCUAACUUUUCCUUACUGAGAUGGAUAGAAACAGGGUAGAAAAUAAAGCAUAUUGUAUGUGCAUGUCAGUCUGUCUGACUAUCCACCCAUCCUUCUCGCUGGGUUGUGAAUGAUUAAAUCAUGCUCUAUGAAAUUAUAAAUGAAAUCAAUGGGCAUGACUAACUCACGUCGAUUCUUUCAAUGGGUCUACUCUAUUAUUUGCCCAUUAUUAUAGUUACUUAUUAUUUCCUUUAAUAUUUACAAAUGCUGUUGGAAAAUAAAGAAAGAAAGAAAGGAGAUUCUUCCAAAUUAUCGUCUGGCAACUCUACAAUGAUUCCAUAGGGACCUUGAGUUGCCACCUUUCCCAUGACAUAAGCACAUGUCCCCACAUUCCCUCACUCAUGCAACGGGGAGCAUGUGAAAUUUACCACCCCCCUUUUCUGGUUUUGUCUGCUCUUUCAGCCAGCCUUGCGGUGCUGCUUUCAAACACCAGGUUCGUCUACUGCAGGUCUUUAAUGCCUAUCUAAUUAACUUGGUAACAUAGUAAAUCUCUUAUUACUAUCUUAAAAUACAACUCUAUUCUAAUUAAUUCUUGAUACUCAAUACAAUAAAACACUUAACUAAAUCUUACUAUACAACAGUAACUCAACUAAUCCUCAUCUACAACCUCCUUAUACUUCCAAAUCUUUUAUUAAGCACUGCUAAUCUUACAAUUAUUUUCUAAAUGAACUUUAAACUUCUUCCAAUCUUCUUCCACCGAUUCUUCCCCCUGCUCACGGAGUCUCCCGGUCAGCUUGGACAGUUCCAUAAAUUCUAUCAGCUUCAACUGCCAGUCGUCCACCGUCGGUAUAUCUUCAGUCUUCCAAUUUCUUGCUAAUACUAUUCUAGCUGCUGUUGUGGCAUACAGAAAAAAACGUAAUAUCUUUCUUAGGUAAUUCCUCUCUAAUUAUAGUCCCCGGUUUUUCAAAUCUGUCCCCAGACAAAAUCCGUCCCUGGAAUGUCCCUGGAUUUCAUUUAAUGUCCCCGGAUUUAAGUGUUGUAGAUUUAUUAGUCGGGAAUGAAUGAUGCGUGAUUGGUUCAACGGCACAAGACCCAUCAUAUGGGGACUUCUGGCGAGGCAAAAUGGCGGGCGCCAGGGCAGUGAGCAGCUCCUGAAGCCGGCCAGAGCCAACUGCGCUACCAGCCUGGCUCCGGGCUGCUGAGGCUGCCGCUGCCACCGCCACUGCCAAGGGGGAACCGGAUACGCCUGCCGCGUCAACUGGGGGAACUGCUGACACACACACUCCCACGACCCAAAUCAAGCCGGGAGAGCGCUCGGCCACCCGGCUGACUGCCCAGCGGUGCUCUGGGGCCAGGAAAACCCCAGAGCUGAUGCAGGGAGAAGGGGAAGGAAGAGAGAGAAAGACGAAGGAGAAAAAGAGGGGAGGCCUGACCUUGCCAUGCUGCUGCCGCUGCUGAGGAAAAAAGGUAGGAGAGCUCUGGGAGGGCAAGGACAUGUGGCUGAGCCCAGGCCCGACCCAAGGCUACUCCAUGGUGGCUAGCGCUCCAAGAGAGGAAGGCCAGAGGAAGGCCAUGCAGCAGAGGAGGCCACAGAAGAGAAGAUAUUACUUCUUAAUUUUUUAAAAUAAUAAUAAUUAAUAAUAAUAAUAAUAAAGUGUCCCCGGAUUCUUUGAAAAAAAUCUGGUAAGCUGAAGCUACCCUGCUAUCUCCCCUUUCAAGCGUUUGACUUCCCACUGGAAAGGUGCCUGUGGACACCCAUAAAUGGAAGAAUUUGGUGAGGAACCAAGGAAAAGGGGAGUCAGAGAGAAAAAGAAUAUAAAGGAAAGGAAGAAGGAAGCAAUUUAGAAUGAAAGAUAAAGCUAGGAAGAAAGUAGGUGUGGGUUGCUCUGCUGCGUGUGUGUGUGUGCGUGCGUGCGCACACGCACAAACACGCCCAAGGAUGAGUAUGAGAGAGAGGUGUGUUUGUUUCUAGGAAUGUUGGCUCAUUUCCUUGUGUGAUCUGCUUUGCAAGGGCAUGUGAUCUUCACUCCAUGGAUUCAUAGGAUUUGUGACAUCACUAGAGCUUGCCUUGUGACAUCACCAGACCCUGCCAUGUGAGCCCCAGGCUUUUGGAUGCUGGAGACCAGGGAAUCUCAAGGGCAGGAGAUCUGCUACAUUCGCUCUGCCCUGCCAAGGAAGGAACAUGGGAGUUGUGUCAGCAACCACUGGGUGGAUCCAACCGUCAGCUCCUUACGAUCACAAGGGUUGACUGCAUCUUUGCGAGCGAAAUUCCGGAGGAAGUGAGGACAGACAACCGCAUCUACCUAUUCCAUUCUGCAACAUCGUGUGCGCAAUGUCCUGCUUUUAAAAUGAGUCCUGCCACACAGAGGGAAGUAAUCUGAGAAGAUAAACAAACAGCAUAUUGAUCCAGCCAGAUCAUAUAGGAGGAGAAACACCCUUUCCCGGAGGAGCCACAGCCAGCAUGACAGCGGAGGAAAUGGAAGAUAGCGGUCUCGAAAUAGGACUUUUUUACUACGUGUUUAUGUGGUUUGUCAUCUGCUUCAUCUGGUGGAAAUGGAGAGCAGGGCAGAAGUUAAAAGACAUGUACCUUGUAGGGAAAUAUGUGUUCAUCACCGGCUGUGACUCUGGAUUUGGGAAGCGGGCUGCCAAAACCUUCGAUAAGAAAGGGUUUCAAGUGAUCGCUGCCUGCCUGACUCAAGAAGGAGCCGCAGAGCUGAAAGCAGAGACUUCCAGGCACCUCCAUGCUGUGCUACUGGACGUGACAAAGACAGAGAGCAUCAAAUCAGUUACGGAAUAUGUUAAAAAAGAAGUAGGGGAUAAAGGUCUGUGGGGCCUGAUCAAUAAUGCAGGAAUUAUGGGAGUCUCAGCACCAACUGACUGGCUGACCAUCGAGCAGUAUAAAGCACCGAUUGAUGUUAAUCUAAUAGGCCUCAUCAAUGUUACAUUACACAUGCUGCCAUUGGUGAAGAAGGCAAAGGGAAGGAUAAUAAACGUAACCAGUGUUGGAGGUGUUCUACCAAUAUGCUCAGGUGGUUAUUGUCCAUCCAAAUAUGGGGCAGAAGCAUUCACCGACAGUUUAAGACAGGACAUGAUACCAUUUGGAGUGAAUGUUUCUUGCAUUCAGCCAGGACUGUUUAAAACAGGGCUUUCUGACAGAGACAUGGUCAUGAGACAAAAAAUGGCUGUUUGGGACACUCUUCCUCAAACUAUACAAAAGCAGUAUGGUGAAAAAUACUUAAAGGAAGAAGCAGUAAAGAAGGAGAAACUAGUGAAGCUGUGUCAGAAUACAGACAUCUCAUUGGUUGUGCAUUGCAUGGAACAUGCCUUAAUGAGCAAAUAUCCAAAGGCACGGUACAGUGCAGGCAUGGAUGCGAAGAUUCUUUGGCUACCACUUUCAAAAAUGCCAUCGUUUGUGCAGGACUUUGUACUCAUGAAGAACAAAGUUCAGCUAUUUGACCCAAACGCAGUGUAAAAUGGCAUCCGAAAAGACUCCAAUUUGUGCUUUUUCAAGCUGUGCGUACCGAACAAUGAAGAUGAAUGCAUCUGUGCUCACAGGUGAUCAAGCAUCCAGCGAUGUUGGCAAUAAUUCCUUCUCUUUUCUUGUUUACCCCUUUUAAAAAAAAAAGCAGUUGUCAUAAGGACUGUUUUGCCCAGGGGUAGUGAAGGCAGAUCUAGAUGACUCGGGUUUAGCAUUUGCCAACUCAAAUAAAUCUUAGUGAAUCGACCAGUCAAAUAUUGUUCGAGUAAUAGUUUGAAAUCAUCAGUUUGUCAGAACGUUGUCAAAAUACACAGACAAUUAUGCCCGUUACAAAUACUACAACCUGUUUACAGAGCCCCGGUUCCUCCUAAGAGCUCUACCCAACACCACAGAAAAUACUAUUGACUUGUACUAUUGACUUCCCAGGAACUUAUGACUUGUCCCAUUUUUCCUUAACAAACAUUUUGGUGCUAAAUGCCUCUGAGCAUAUAUAGGCUCUCUUCCCAAAGGCAAUAGAUCCUUUGGGGCUUCCAAGGGCCCCUGAGCAUGUACAGAACAUUUUUCCUUUCUGAAGAAAAUGUUCCUUUGCGUAUCUGAAGACUGGAAGCGCAUAUCCCAUGCCGCCCCCCCCCCCCGGCCGCUUGGCUAGGGUGGUCUCUGGGGAGGCUAGUAGAGCAGUAGUGUGCCAGCUCCUUCCUGAAUGAGUAGCUGGCCUGGCCGGCCCAUGAGGCAAGCUGAGACUCCUAAAUCAGUGGCCAAAUGUCCUGGGCCAGCCCUAAUGAGCAAUGAGUGGUCCUGACACUUGCAAAGCUAUGAGUGACACCCCCUUACUUCUCCCACUGCUACGCCAUGGUUGCCACUGGCAGAAGGGUGCUCGUGACAUAUUUGGCUAUGGCUGGAUGGUGUCAACUAACACAAUGCAACUGGUGGCAACCCCAUGUUAUGUGUGCUGGCUGAAAGUGUAUUGAGUGACAGAAUGCUGGUGUGAAACAGCUACUUGCACUUUGAACUAUGGCACCACAGUCACCUGCCAUAGUCAGAAUGCAUUGCCCACAGGAAGGAAGGAAGGAAGGAAGGAAGGAAGGAAGGAAGGAAGGAAGGAAGGAAGGAAGGAAGGAAGGAAGGAGAAGGAAGGAAGGAGAAGGAAGGAAGGAGAAGGAAGGAAGGAGAAGGAGAAGGAGAAGGAGAAGGAGAAGGAGAAGGAGAAGGAGAAGAAGAGGAGGAGUUUGGAUUUGAUAUCCCGCUUUAUCACUACCCGAAGGAGUCUCAAAGCGGCUAACAUUCUCCUUUCCCUUCCUCCCCCAAAACAAACACUCUGUGAGGUGGGUGGGGCUGAGAGACUUCAAAGAAGUGUGACUAGCCCAAGGUCACCCAGCAGCUGCAUGUGGAGGAGCGGAGACGCGAACCCGGUCCCCCAGAUUACGAGUCUACCACUCUUAACCACUACACCACACUGGCUCUUGAAGGAAGGAAGGAAGGAAGGAAGGAAGGAAGGAAGGAAGGAAGGAAGGAAGGAAGGAAGGAAGGAAGGAAGGAAGGAAGAGCACUUGUUAAAUACCACCUUCUAGUUAGUGUUUUCAACCUUGUAGAUGGUUCAUCCAAGGUUUUAUAAGUGUUGAGCAGUAGGAGACAUAAAGAUUCAGCUUUCCAGUGAGGAAAAAAGAGGACAGAAUACCUUGGGGCUGAAUUCCAAUCUGCAAACCAGUUCUUUGUGUGGCUUAUAAAUUUUACCUGUGAGUGGUUUACCUUGCAGGGAGGGGUUUAUUGGGUUUUUGGGGGGGUUGGUUGUUCUUGUUUCUAUUAUGCAUUUUGUGUUUUAUCUUGUGUUUUUAUAUUGUGAACUGCGCUGAGAUCUAAGCAGUUCUCAAACCAUGGGGCCGGUUUCUCUUCAAGUAGUGCAGGUCACCCUAUUUAUGGUAGUGUUGGUGUUAGAUAUUCCAGAGAAGGACAGAGUCCUGAGACAGGUGAAUCCUCCUCCUCCAGCUUUGAUCCAAGAUCUGGGUAAGUGGGUGGGCAGCUGGGUGGGGUGUAACUGCAUCCUCACUGCAAUUGCUUUGUAGUAAUUUUACUUUUGUGUGUGUGUGUGUGUGUGUGUGUGUGUGUUUAGGAAGGGUGAGCAACAUAUCCUGUUGUACUCUUCUAAGGCCAGUAGUACCCCAGUCCACACAUCUGUGUUCAUGACUGUAGACCACGAAAAGCUCUGUGUGUUGAUAUUUGAAACAGAUGAUUAGUGUUGCCUUAGGAGGGCUUGCAAGGUAGAGUAAAUUCAGAACGGCAAUGUGAGCGGACAACUUUGAAUUGUUUGAGAAGAACUCCUCAAAUAGCAGCCAGUGUAAAAACAUCUGUCCAGUCUAAUUUUUAGAGUCUGUUAAAGCUAAAAUAGCCAUUUUAGUGCAUCUCAGAAAAUUACCAUAUGUAUUGUAUUAUUAUUAUUUACAUGCAUAAGUCAUUAAUUUAUUGUGUGUUACAAGCUAUACUGUUCUGUAUUUCAAUUUUACGUUAUUUGAACAUUGUAAAUAUUUGUAACGUUUUGUUAGAAGCAACAUAGGUACAUGUCCCACACAAUGGUAAAAUGUAUGCUAACUUGCCAUGUUUAUAAUUGUUCCUUCCAAUGGACAUAAGGGCAUUCAUAAAAUAAAUACUUGAAGACUAUCAGAGUAAUGUGCCUGAAUGCGCAAUAGGUUUAUCCAAUGUUAGUCCACAGAGUAGACCCACUGAAAUAAAUGGACCCAAGUUAGCCAUUUCUAUUAAUUUCAAUGUGUUUACUCUGAGUAGGGUUACAGACUAAUGGAUUUUGGAGUGGGCUUUAUGAAAUUUUACUUCUGUGUCUUGUUAAUAGUUCUAUCUCAGUUUAGGCAUGGCAAAACCACUGAAGCUAUGUAUUUCUUUUCCCCCUUGGUCAGCACUUUCCAUGCAAUGGGCAGUUGUGUUUGCUUGCUUCCUCUGUCAUUCAUUGAAAGCCUUUGCCAGGUUUACAUGCAAAAAGCUUAUGAUUCUUAACUGUUUAGUGCAGUUUAAAUAAACAUACCUUUCUCCCUGAGGAAUCAUCCUAUAUACCCUGUUUCCCCUAUUUUAAGACACAGUCAUAAAAUAAGCCAUGGCAGGAUUUUUAAGCAUUCAAGGAAUAUAAGCCAUACCCCGAAAAUAAGACAUAGUGAUAGGCGCAGCAGUAAUGCCGGCUGCGGCAGCAGGAGGGGGGGGGGAAUAAGACAUCCCCUGAAAAUAAGCGAUAGUGUUGUUGUUUUUUGAGGAAAAAAUAAAUACCGGUAUAAGACGGUGUCUUAAA